AUGGCGUCCAUGCAGGUCACCGACGAGCCCAAGAAGCCCAGCUCCAUACGCGCAAGGAAGACAACGCCGCGCUCUCGACCAAAGAAGAUGGAGAAGGAGAAGAAGGCGUCAACUCCGCGACGUCGCGCGAGUCCUCGAGCCCGAAAGGCAGUGGACUCUGAGCAUGAGAAGGAGAAACAACAAGAUAAAGCAGCAGUGGAGCCGCCUCCACCUCCUGUUCCUACCGCUAAAGAGGAGCGACAACAGCAACAGAAGCCGCAGACGACAGAGGACAAAUCGGAGGGCGGAAAGCAAGAAGAAACGGAAACUAAAGACGAGCCGGAGUUGCCGCCUAGUCAGGACACGCAACUCCGACGGGAUUACCUACAGAGAAUUUACCGUCAAUUGCAGAGCACACAUCCAAACCAGGACGACGCAAUGAUCCGCCAAAUUGCAACAAGCGUGGAGAUGGAAACGUGUCAAAAGGCAACAACCCGGAGUCACUACGUUGCAGCAAUGGAGCACGAGAUCCACAAGCUUAUGCAGUUUGAAAUGGAGCAGGCAAACACGUCUGUGUACGCGAAUGACACUCCAGGACUUGGGAAUAUGCAAACCAACACUCAAGCGCAGUCUAGUGCGUCUGGAGAAAUGCAAGGUGGCUACUCUCAACAUCAAAUAUCACAGUCCAGAAGCUACGAGUACGCUCAGGCACUUGCCAAGGCGCAGGAGCAAGAACAAGCUCACAGUUUCGGUAGAUCUUCGUCAUUCUCGACUCCACGCCAGUCGAUGAAUGCCGCAGAUACGUCGUUCCAGUCACUCAUGGAGAAUCAGAACAUGACAAGUGGCAUGCAACACGGCACACCGCAUCGAGCUAUGAGUAUGCAGAACCUGCAACACAUGGGGAGUCCAUUUUACUCCACAGCGUCGAUGACGCCUCCCACUUCUCGGAGUUUCUCGGUUCAGAGCAGCGUCAACGAGAUGACAAGUCACGCCACGCCACGGAACAUGAUGGAGGCGCACCAGCAACUUGGCAACUCGUAUAUGCAACAGCAGCACGUGCAACAACCUCGCACGUCAUCGCGAGCUCUGACGUAUCAGGAAUUCUCAGCCCAGAUCCAGCACUUGGACAAGUCAGUACUCAUAGAGUUACUGUGGAAUCAGAGAGGUGCCUUGGCUCGAUGGCAGAAUCAGUCAAAGCAGUUGGAAGUUCAGCUUACUGCACUACGCAAUGCCUCUAGCAACGUGGACAGUCCAGGAUUUAACUCUCCGUACAACGGCCGCGCCGGGUCUUUUGUUAGUCCCAAUGUCGCGGCGGACGCGGAGUUGCAGAGAGCUCGAGGGCGCAGCAAGUCUCGGAUGCCACAGCAGCAAAUGCCGUCGUAUCCCUAUGGCCAACAGGCCAAUGAUAGCUACGAUUGGGGAGAGAACCCACAGCUAUACUGGGACCGGGUCCGAGCGCUGAAAGCUGCAAACGAAGACAAAUUGCACACAGCUCAGCGAGCGUUAGCUCACAACACGGCGCCCCCGAACUCCGUGUACAGUGCCAAAGCCCAGUCGAUGAUACAGAAUAUUGGCCUGGUGUUGAGCAUCCUGAACGAGCAACCUAGCAACGCCCAGCCACGCAAGUUGGAAGUGCUCAACUCGAUUGAGCGCUUCAUGCAAGUGUCUGUGAUUCCGAUCGUUCAGAAGCCCACACGACGCAGCAGAACACGAGAGAAAAGUGUCCGACUGCUCUAUCCAAAGUCGGGUGUGUGA